AUGCAGGGUCCGGGGAGACCAGAUAUAGUGAAUGCAGGGGGAGACCAGAUAUAGUGAAUGCAGGGUCCGGGGAGACCAGAUAUAGUGAAUAGCCAGGGUCCGGGGAGACCAGAUAUAGUGAAUGCAGGGGGGAGACCAGAUAUAGUGAAUGCAGGGUCCGGGGAGACCAGAUAUAGUGAAUGCAGGGUCCGGGGAGAGACCAGAUAUAGUGAAUGCAGGGUCCGGGGAGACCAGAUAUAGUGAAUGCAGGGUCUGGGGAGAUCAGAUAUAGUGAAUGAGGGUCCGGGGAGACCAGAUAUAGUGAAUGCAGGGUCCGGGGAGACCAGAUAUAGUGAAUGGGGGUCCGGGGAGACCAGAUAUAGUGAAUGCAGGGUCUGGGGAGACCAGAUUUAGUGAAUGCGGGGUCCUGGGGAGACCAGAUUUAGUGAAUGCGGGGUCCUGGG